AUGGCCGAACAACCGCAAUCUCGCGGCAGCACGCCCGGUGCUGUUCCUCCUCUGCGUCGCCCACUCGAAGACGACCACCAUGCCCCAGCUGUUUCGUCCCCACUGAAUCCGAAUCCAGAUGCUGCAGCGCGGUCGCGUCCGGCGCGUCCCCCGCCUCGAGAGCAGCGCGAAAAACGUGAGACGCUGAAAAAGAGAGAGGCUUCCGCGAGCGCACGGGGAAGCACGCCGAAUCCGAAGAGCAAAAAGAAUGGAGAGUCUACACCUUCGCCCAUGCGAUACAGCGUCCCAGAGCCCAAGGUGUCAGACUAUGAAGUGCCAAAGGACGGCAUAUUUGCGUCGCAUGAGCCCAACCCAAUUCUCACUCCAGACGAGCAGACAGAGCUAAAGAAAGCUGUAGAUCAUGCCUGGAACAAGAAAGGCUACCGCUACACUCACUGCGUCGCCGACCCUCACUUCCGCCAUAAGCAGUUCUACCGGCAAUCAGACUCUCGUCCGUACGGCCCACGAAUGAGCCAUGAAGAUUGCGACAAGUGGUUCCACUUCGAUGAAUCGGCCAGCAUGGUCACAAAUGAAAAAGGAUGGCGAAUGGGACGAGGCAAUGUUGUGGCUCGCGAAGGACGGCUGUACUACGAAGUCAAGGUUGUAAAGGGUAUACCAACUGACGGACCACCGGCUUUGAAGCACACAGAGAAUGGACACCCGAUUGCACAGCCGCACGUGCGCAUGGGAUGGGCGAGAAGAGAAGCACCUUUGGAUGCGCCAGUGGGGUUCGAUGGGUACAGCUACGCUAUCACUGACUUACGGCUUGAGACAAUGCACCGUUCGCGAGCGAGCAAAAUAUUCAAACCUCUCCCAAAGGGCACGAAAAGCAAGUACGCAAAGGCUCGGCCUCCUCAUGGGAAGCCGUCACCAGUGGAAUAUAUCACUGAUAUGGACGUUCGCGAGGGCGAUGUCAUCGGGCUCGAGAUUCAGCUGCCCUCGCUAUCCAUGCACCGGAAAGUUGUGGAAGGGAUAUACAACCCAGCUGUAGACAUAGGAGACGGGUUCGAUGUGGGGCCUCAUUCUUCUGGGCCAAGGGAUCCUUUAAACAUGGAUAGGCCUUUAGACAUCAUUAGGGACCGUAUCCCCGUUCCGUACAAAGGAAACUUCUAUUUCGAACAACUCGACUACGUCGCGACUAAGCCUAUGGAAUCAUACUCGGACAGAGGGCCAACACCCAAGACCGUUCUAUCCCCCAAUCACGACGACCCCCCAUUACGGUCACUACCACACUCAGCAAUCAAGGUCUAUAAGAAUGGAAAAGAUGUAGGCAUAGCAUUUGAGAACCUCCUAGCGUUUCUCCCGCCAGCGAGCGCUCCAUCAGCCCCAGCUGGUGCUAGACUCGGAUUCGACGACGGAAUGGUUGGGUAUUUCCCGUGCAUUGCAGCCUUCUGCGGCGGCAUAGCUCAAGUCAACUUUGGCCCGGAUUUCUGGUGUCCACCCGAAGAGAUUGUCAACCAGUCGAAGGAUGUAGACAUGGCCGGAAGUGAUGCCAAUGAUGCGAUACCAGAAGGCAGGAAGCUGCGCGCGAUUGGGGAUAGAUAUAAGGAGCAAAUUGCGGAAGACGUCGUGUGGGACAUUAUCGACGAAGUGGACUUCUUUAUCCAGGAUGGUGGUUGGGACUAUAGGGGCGAAGUUGACCCCAGCAUCAGUACGGUCAAAGCUACGCCGACUGCCAGAGGCAUGGCUGGAGGCUUGGAUGAUGGCGUUGGUGUGGAAGUUGGGAGGCGGUACUAAUAUCGCAAACGAAAACGACGCUUGAGUUUAGUAGCUACGGCGCACGCAGCAUCGUGCUCUUAGACGUGUAUACUAUCCUAUCACUACUUCGGUGUCCUCUUUAGAACUACAACCUGCUCUGAUAGCCCGGCGUUGGUGAUGGUUAGACCACGAGCGUUCGAAACCUAGGCGGAUUCGUGCUGUUAUUGAGCAUAACGGCGCU